GUGCUUCAUGCUCAAGUGAAAUUUCAGUGAACGUAAGCGACGCGUUCCAACGUAUUAUGCUGAACAAGAGAUUCGGAAGCUGGAUUGAAUUAGAUAAUGCGCUAAAGGAUUUCCAUAAAGUAUGAUAGGAUAAAUCUAUGUUUUCUCAGAUGACCCAUACACACUAUGUUCACGCAGAAAGUAGAUUGUUGAAGGAUGUGAGAUAUAAAUACUUGUUCGUAGUGUUUCGUUGCACGUUUGGUCGUAAACGUAAAUCAGAAGGUCUGAAUGUGAAUAAAAAACCGUGAGGACUCUAACUAAUGUGUUACAUGUAAGGUCUGAAUUUUUAAAUUGCCAGUCGAUGUUUCGCGUAAGAUUGGAGGGUCAACAAUACGUUAUAAAAUCUUACAACAUGUUUCACAACCAUCCGUGUACUAGUUCGUGGAUGGUUUGUGAUCCGUUGAGUAGACGAUUGUCAUCAGAAGAAAAAGAAAACUUGAAACCAGUUAUAUUGCACUGUCAGUCGACGGACGAAGUUAUCGAAAGUAUUAAGGAAAGAACAGGUAAGCAGGUGACCGCUGCUGAUGUCAAAAAUAUGAAAGCUGAACUCUCCACUGGUUGGACUCGGAAGCAGGUAUUGCAGAUGAUGCGACAAAACGGUAAAGUUAGAGAGCAUGCAGAAAAUGGAUGUAUUACGGCGAUAUGCUUCAGCAGUUAUGAUCAGAUACGGCUGUACAAUCAAUAUCCCGAAGUCGUGUGUAUUGAUUCUACUUAUAAAACUAAUAAUAAAA